UUGUGCAACUUCGGCGGCCUACGUUUGGAGGAAACGCUGCUUGGGUGGCUUAGCGCGUUGGGGGCAGUAGAGAGCGGUUCCGCCCAACAAAACCUUCGCCUCCGGCCUGGUGGCCAGCUCCGCCUCUUCUCGUAUCUUUCCCACAGUCCAAAAUGGCGGCGGAGGUGGAUUUUGGCGACUUAGAGCUGUUCGAGGCGUUUGACCACCCCGAGGAGUCGACUCCGAAGCCCGUUCAUACCCGCUUCAAGGACGACGAUGGCGACGAGGAGGACGAGAAUGGGACUGGCGACGCGGAGCUGCGGGAACGGCUUCGGCAGUGCGAGGAAACCAUCGAGCAGCUCCGCGCCGAGAAUCAAGAACUUAAAAGAAAAUUGAAUAUUUUGACUCGACCAAGUGGAAUAUUGGUGAACAAUACUAAGUUAGAUGGACCUUUAUUACAGAUUCUAUUUAUGAACAAUGUUAUUUCAAAGCAAUAUCAUCAAGAAAUAGAGGAAUUUGUAUCAAAUUUAGUAAAAAGAUUUGAGGAACAGCAGAAAAAUGAUGUGGAAAAGACUUCCUUUAAUCUUUUGCCCCAGCCAUCCAGUGUUAUGCUAGAAGAGGACCAUAAAGUAGAAGAAUCCAGUGCCGUUAAUAAUAAGGAAGCUUUUAGUGUUGUAGGAAGUGUCCUGUAUUUUACUAAUUUUUGCCUUGAUAAAUUGGGGCAACCGCUACUAAAUGAAAACCCUCAGCUUACGGAAGGAUGGGAAAUACCCAAGUACCAGCAAGUCUUCAGCCACAUUGUUUCUCUAGAAGGGCAAGAAAUACAAGUAAAGGCAAAAAGGCCAAAGCCUCACUGUUUCAAUUGUGGUUCUGAAGAGCAUCAAAUGAAAGAUUGCCCAAUGCCUCGAAAUGCUGCUCGAAUAAGUGAAAAGAGAAAAGAGUAUAUGGAUGCCUGUGGUGAGACAAACAAUCAGAAUUUUCAGCAGCGAUACCAUGCAGAAGAAGUAGAAGAGAGAUUUGGAAGAUUUAAGCCAGGAGUUAUAAGUGAGGAACUCCAGGACGCACUGGGUGUGACGGACAAGAGUCUUCCACCUUUUAUAUAUCGAAUGCGCCAGCUAGGAUACCCACCAGGGUGGCUCAAAGAGGCCGAACUGGAGAACUCAGGGCUUGCGCUCUAUGAUGGGAAAGAUGGUGCUGAUGGAGAGACAGAAGCUGGAGAAGUUCAGCAAAAUAAAAGUGUCACUUACGAUCUCUCGAAAUUGGUAAACUAUCCAGGUUUUAACAUAUCUACUCCCAGAGGAAUUCCAGAUGAAUGGAGGAUAUUUGGGUCAAUACCAAUGCAGGCGUGUCAGCAGAAGGACGUGUUUGCCAAUUACCUAACUUCUAAUUUCCAAGCGCCAAGCAUGAAGCCUAGCAGCAAAAGGUCUUCGUCUCAGUCCAGCCCCAGUAGUCCAAAGAAGCAGAAGAAGGAAGACAGCGCAGCAGCCUCACCCGCCGACAUGGAACUGGACUCGGAUGCCGAGGUCCCGCAUGGGUCCCCAAACAGCGAAGCUUUUCAGUUUCAGCCCCCGCUGCCCCCUGGCACGCCUCCCCCGCUCCCCCGGGGCACCCCUCCGCCCAUCUUCACUCCUCCGCUCCCCAAGGGCACCCCGCCGCUGACUCCCAGUGACUCACCUCGGACGAGAACGGCAUCCGUGACUAUGGACGAGGACGCGCUGACUCUGGAGGAACUAGAAGAACAGCAGAGGCAGAUAUGGGCGGCCCUGGAGCAGGCCGAGAGCGUCAACAGUGAUUCGGAUAUUCCUGUAGACACACCUUUAACCGGGAAUUCGGUGGCCUCUUCACCUUGUCCAAACGAACCUGACCUCCCUGUCCCAGAGGGAAAAACAUCCGAAAAGCAGGUGCCAGGGGAGGCCGAGGUACCUGGCACUGCUGCAAAGAAAUCGGAAGAGGAGCAAGCCUCGAGCCCAGGUUCUGAGACUGCUUUGCUUGGCCAGAAGGAAAAGGAAGAGUCCACUCAGGUAGACCCUAAAGGUGCUCUUGACCACGGCAGGGUCGAGUCAAACAGUGAGGUCAGGAAUGGAGGGAGCAGCCAGCAGCUCCUUCAUGCGGACUGCAGUCCUGCAGCAGCCACGAAGGCCCACAGUGCUAUCCCCGACAUGAGCAAGUUUGCAACCGGAAUAACGCCGUUUGAAUUCGAGAACAUGGCGGAAUCUACUGGAAUGUACCUCAGGAUAAGAAACUUGUUAAAGAAUUCACCUCGAAACCAGCAAAAGAACAAGAAGACUUCUGAAUGACUGCUUGACAUAGCACCCAGUGCUAUUUAAUUACACCUGUGUUCUGGUAAUUAGGACUAAAUGGACAGGUAAAAUUGUUUUCCUAUUUGUCCCUCCCACGUGAAAGAAAACAAAUCUAUCCAAGGCUUAAUUGUGGUCUAAGGUCAGGCCUCUUUUAAAGAACAGAAAGACUGAGCUUGCAGGUUUACUAUAUUUUAUUCUCACUGAUAAAAACUUGGGGGGAGGUAAGUAGGAGCCGGUUUAGAGAUAGUUUGUUAAGGUUUAUACUAUUUUUGGAUUGUGAAUGUCUGUCAGGAGUGAUGGUUUUUAAUCUGUCUUUUGUACAUCGUUUUCCCUUUUUACAUUUUGCUAAUUAUCCUGUACGUAAGUUUAAUAUAUCACUUUUUAAAAAGAAAAAAUUUAACCAUUUAAAAUUCAUAUUUCAACUCUUAACAACCAAAUGAGAAAAAUCAGGGACGAGCAGCUUUAUACCAUUUGGGGUAUUUUUGUAAAUGAUUUACAUGCAUCCGUUUUAAUAACACUUUUACUUUUUUGUAACUUCAUUCUUCAUAUAAGCUUGCUAUACAGGUAUGUUCAUCUUUGUGUACAAAGGUUUAAUAAAUUAGUUUUCAUAUACAUAAUCUAAGACUUUGAAUAUAAAAAAAUGAUUCACAGUUAGUAUAUACAACCUUGUAAGUUUGGUAGUAAAUUAUGUGGUUGCAAAUAUUAGUGGUAGCAAAGGAAAUUAAAACGUUACAAGUUUGGGUAUUUUCAGUGGAUUUCAGCCUUAAAUAUAUCAAUAGAAACAGCAGAAUCUUUUAAAGUAAUUAUUUUGAAAAAAUAAAUGGUGGGCAGCUAGCCUUUGUACAAAAACAAUUUUCUAGAUUUGAAUCCUAUGAUAAUUGUUACAAACAAAAAGUAGGCAUACACAAAUUGUGUUUAAUUGUCCGAUACAUAAUAUAGAGCUGAAACUAUGUUUUUGUCUUUAUGUGGAAUGCCAUGACAUCUUUACAGUCAGGUCCAUGAAAAUAAACAUAUAGAUGAUCUUGAAUUACUCUUAGGUAAUGUUAUUCUCCUCAGAGGCCAGCAGAGGGUGCAAAAUAUAACCCUUCCAGGUUUAGUUUUCAUUUUGGUAACUUUUGAGUAUCCAAAUUUAGUGUUCUAUAAACAGUAAAGAGAAGGGAAAUUAUAUGAAAAGGGAAAAAUUAUUUUCAAGGCCCUCAUAGAACAUGCUAGAAAUUGAAUAAAAUGUUUAAUCCUUUUGGCUUUUUUGUCUGAGUCAAAGUCCAUAAUAAAACUGAUCUUUUACCAUAGUUUUACAUAGUGUUUUUACAUACAUUAUCAUACUCAACAUUUCUGUUAGGUAAAUGUCUUCUUCACAUUAUAUAUAUAACCUGAGGAAACUUAAGCAGCAUGGAGAAGUCAAGGGGACUUGUCAGCAUUCAAGAAGUGGUUGUUGGGACUUCCCUGAUGGUCCAGGGGUUAGCUUCCACUUCAGGGAACACACAUUCGAACCCUGGUUGGGGAACUAAGAUCUCACAUGCCACAAGGCACAGCCAAAAAAAAAAGAAGUGGUUGUUGAGAGGCCAGUCCAACUAAAGACUUGACCAUUCCCUAAAUCAUACACACAGUUGUUUAACUACCCCCUUAAACAUUGCAUUGCGUUCUCCUAUGACCAAAGAUAGCUAACAGUUAUCUCUAUAGCAUGUCCCACAGACAAUUCAUGUUGAGGUUCUUUGUGCAUUACUAUCCGAUUGUCACAAUCACCAUAUUAAGUAGGGAUCCUUAGCUUCAUUUUUAGAGGAAAUGCUUGAGACACAGCAGGGAAGUAAUGUGGUGAAGCUAAUCUUGAUCACUCAGACCGCCACUAUCCAUUGUACUGCCUCUCUGUCAAAAGCUCCAGAAAAGCACUAGUUUCUCAA